AUGACUUAUGAUAUAAUUAGUAAUAAUGAAGACUCAAAAUAUGAAAUUAAUAAAGAGCAUAACAGUUGUUGGUUGGAUAAGUUAGAAUCUGGUAUCAAUCAAGUGCUAGCUACAAAGAAUAGUAUUGAUCAUGGAAGUGGUCUUGUAAAGAAUAAAUCAUUGUAG